GCACAGCCCGCGCCCCCUGCACCCCGCCCUGCGCGCACAGGCCGGGGCUGUUUAUCUGCGGCCCCCACCCCCUGCACCCGAGGGGCCCCUCUCGCCCGCCCCCAGCACCCCGGGGUGCUCCGGGCCGCAGAUAAGCCGGCAGGCUGGCACGGCGCCGCGCACGGGGCGGAGAGGUCACGGGCUUGCCAGGGGAGGGGCCGAUGGGCCGGGGCUGCGCCCCCCGCCCGUCCGGCACCCCCAAAUCCCUAAUCGCAGCCGGAUCUACUCUCGCGGCGCAGCCCCGCGGGACGUGGCAAGAGCCGACCUGCAGAGCCUGUUCUGGCCGCGGCGGCCGGGGGGGCGGGCUGGGCGUGGGGGUGCCGGCGCUGCGGCACCUUUAAGACGAGGGAGGACCCCUCUUGCCCUCGGACAAACCAGGAAGGGAGUCGCGAGCAUCAUACGGGGCUUUGCGUACAGUACGGCUACUGUAGGGGCAGUGACGCCGCCGCCCGCCCGAGCGAGGUCCGCGCCGCGGGCAGCCCCGAUCGCGCGUCCUCCGGGCCCGGGUCCCCGCGAGGUGUCGGCGCGGAAGAUGGCUGGCGGCGUGGACGGCCCCAUCGGGAUCCCGUUCCCGGACCACAGCAGCGACAUCCUGAGCGGCCUGAACGAGCAGCGGACGCAGGGGCUGCUGUGCGACGUGGUGAUCCUGGUGGAGGGCCGCGAGUUCCCCACGCACCGCUCGGUGCUGGCCGCCUGCAGCCAGUACUUCAAGAAGCUGUUCACGUCGGGCGCCGUCGUGGACCAGCAGAACGUGUAUGAGAUCGACUUCGUGAGCGCCGAGGCACUGACGGCGCUCAUGGACUUCGCCUACACCGCCACGCUCACGGUCAGCACGGCCAACGUGGGCGACAUCCUGAGCGCCGCGCGGCUGCUGGAGAUCCCGGCCGUGAGCCACGUGUGCGCAGACCUGCUGGAGCGCCAGAUCCUGGCGGCCGACGACGCGGGCGACGCGGGCCAGCCCGACGGCGCGGGCCCCGCGGACCAGCGCAACCUGCUGCGCGCCAAGGAGUACCUGGAGUUCUUCCGCAGCAACCCCAUGAACAGCCUGCCCGCCGCCGCCUUCCCGUGGUCUGGCUUCGCUGCGCCCGAGGACGACCUGGACGCCACCAAGGACGCCGUGGCCGCCGCCGUGGCCGCCGUGGCCGCCGGGGACUGCAACGGCUUGGACUUCUACGGCCCGGGGCCCCCGGCCGAGCGGCCCCCCGCGGGUGACGGGGACGAGGCCGACAGCGCCCCGGGGCUGUGGCCCGAGCGCGACGAGGAUGCGCCCGCGGGGGGGCUCUUCCCGCCGCCCGCCGCGCCGCCGGCCACCACGCAGAACGGCCACUUCGGCCGCGCGGGGGCCGGGGAGGAGGAGGCGGCGUCGCUGUCCGAGGCGGCCCCCGAGCCCGGCGACUCCCCGGGGUUCCUGUCCGGCGCAGCCGAGGGCGAGGACGGCGACGCAGCCGACGUGGACGGGCUGGCGGCCAGCACGCUGCUGCAGCAGAUGAUGUCGUCGGUGGGCCGCGCGGGGGACAGCGACGAGGAGUCGCGCGCGGACGACAAGGGCGUCAUGGACUACUACCUGAAGUACUUCAGCGGCGCCCACGAGGGCGACGUGUACCCGGCCUGGUCGCAGAAGGGCGAGAAGAAGAUCCGGGCCAAGGCCUUCCAGAAGUGUCCCAUCUGCGAGAAGGUGAUCCAGGGCGCGGGCAAGCUGCCCCGCCACAUCCGCACGCACACGGGCGAGAAACCUUACGAGUGCAACAUCUGCAAGGUUCGAUUUACCAGGCAGGACAAACUGAAGGUUCACAUGCGGAAGCACACGGGCGAGAAGCCGUACCUGUGCCAGCAGUGCGGCGCGGCCUUCGCGCACAACUACGACCUGAAGAACCACAUGCGCGUGCACACGGGGCUGCGGCCCUACCAGUGCGACAGCUGCUGCAAGACCUUCGUGCGCUCCGACCACCUGCACAGACACCUCAAGAAGGACGGCUGCAACGGGGUCCCCUCGCGCCGCGGCCGCAAGCCCCGCGUGCGGGCCGUGCCCCCCGACGUCCCCGCCGGGGCCGCCGCGCCCCCCGGGCUCCCCGACACCCCGCGCAACGGCCAGGAGAAGCACUUUAAGGACGAGGAGGAGGACGAGGACGAGGCCAGCCCCGACGGCUCGGGCCGGCUGAAUGUAGCGGGCGGCGGCGUGGGCGACGGCGGUGGCGCGGGUGGCCCCACGGUGGCCGCCCCCCAGGGUAACUUUGCAACCUGACUCUAUCCAGAACAAAACAAAACAAACCAAAAAAACAAGACAAAACAAACUAAGAGAGAAGACACCACACCCACCCCAGCACCACAGCUGUCUGUCCAGACUCCUCCAUCCACCCGCGCGGACCUGUGUGCGUGUACAUAUCCACGGCCGCCGCGCGCGCGCGCGCCUGCCUUUCUCAGAUCCUUAGGACGCGGCCACCCGCUCCCGUGCCCCUCGCCCCGUCCGCGUGGGGUCCCGCGCGGGGCCCCGCCUGCUCCCGGCUGAGGUGAGGGUGAUGGGACCCCAGGACGGGCGCCCGGCUCCCUGCUGGUUGGUUUCAGGGGUCUCAGACAGACCUUAAACGCUUUGUCCGCUGUGAGCGGACGUUAAAAUGGUCCCCGGCUCCCCACCCUCCUUCCUCAGGGCACUUACUAAAGAGGGGGGUGACCCCGGCCUCCCUGCCCCCGCCCCCGUGGCCUCACACCUCUGCACACCCCUCCCUGGCCACCACUGACACACGUCUAUUUAUUCCCAAGCCUGGGUGGCCAGAGCUGGGAUUCGGGGGGCCGCCGGGGUCCCGCCACCCUUUCACGGCACUUAACACCUGGCGGGGUCCUCAGGGCGACCCCCAACCCUCCUGUCUCCGCUAGCCCCGCCCCACCCCGUGUUCAGAGAUUAAAAAUUCGUCUUCACCCUGCGCCCCACUUUUUAAAGCACUUUUUAGAUCUCUCCCCCUUUCCUCCUUACAGACAGUUUAUAUAGAGAUAUAUAGAGAGAUAUAUAUAAAAUAUUCUUUCCCUCAGAGGAGCCGGCAGCAGUUUGUUGGGGGGCGUAGCCAAGAUUGGGGAACCCCAGGGACUCAGGCAGGGACAGGGUAGGGAGCAAGAGAGGCCACAGCUUAAUGUCACAAACAGCAAUAAAACCCCAAGAUUUUACUAAACACGAAGGGAGAACACAAAAACUUUAAAAAAACAAAAAAAAAA